AUGGGUACUAACGGGAACGGUCGUCGCGGCGGCGCGAAGCUGCCUGACGUUCGUCGACCCAUGGAAGAAGGAGACUGUGUGAACGACAUGGAAAGUCCUGAAUUGGAUUUCGUUUAUGAUGAUUGUGAUACGCAAGCUAACGAAAUUGCUGAACUCUAUAGUUACACUGAACACCCCGAAUUUCAACUGAAUGUAAAAGCUUUUGAGGACAUUAUGGAGGAAUUCAACUUGCCUCCUAGUUGGCAAAGACUUUCGAGCCAACAACAACGCACUGUAGUGAUGAAGCUACUCGAGCAUCUUGAUGUUGCAGUUACAGAGAUACGAAUGCGAGCGACGAGAUGUAUACUCUACCUAGCACAAGGCUGCUGGGCCGAAAUGCAGUCCGAUGCCGAACAGGCGCAUUGGGCACGUAUUAAUAUUAUGACACUCUACGAAAUGGGGACUUUCGCUGCAUUCGUUGAACUUUUAAACUUGGAAAUAGUAAGAAGUAACGCAGCUGUGGCGUCAAGAAAGCUAGCAGAGUCGUUAGUAGAUUCAACCAACUUGAGAGUCAUCCUAUCAGUAUUAUACCUAAUUACGGAACACAUGCGAACUGAAAAAGAUAAUCCAGAUUCUGAAUAUUCAGAUCUAGUUAAAAACUUCAAAGAAGAAAUAGGAACUCCUUUCAAUGAGGAAUUACUGCCGGUGAAACUCUUAGGCAUGGUAACACAGCUGUGUGUUGGCACUACACCCCAUUUUCCUAUGAAAAAAGUACUUUUACUGCUCUGGAAGAUAUUACUCGUGUUUCUCGGUGGUUCUAAGGAAUUGAAAGAACGUAAAGCCAGAUUGAGAGAAAAAUAUGGUUUACCACCUUGUACUGAAGAUACUCUUGAAAUAAUAAAAGGCAUGCGAUCAAGUUCGCCACCACCGAGUGCUGCUGACAUGCUCGAAAACCAGAAUCCUGGACAGAGGAAGUUAAAAGAAAACGAAAGAGCUUUAAGACGGCAGACAUUUAUGAAACAAACUUCUCUUGACGAAUCUGAUGAACAAAUCUUUGUAGACAAAGAGGAAACCAGUAAUGGAUCUGAAGAUUACUCUAUGGAAUUCCAAUCAAUGUCAGCCGAGGGUGUUCAGAAUGCUAAUACGAACCAGAACUGCCCUUACUACAUGUAUAUAAAGAGAUUUGACAGCCCCCCACCUCCUCCACCACUUCCUAGAAGCCUGCCUUGGAGAUCAAAAGUCCGACAGAAAGACAUAGACACAUUUCUUGAUAAUGUCAGAGUCAAAUUUGUUGGUUACUCCCUGCCCGGUGAUAGACAAACCAUUGCCGGGCUUCCACAACCUAUACAUGAAGGAAUCGAGAUAUUAAAAAAGCAUACAUACACAAGUCUCGCUGAGGUUCAAGCCGAGAGGGAGCUAGAGAUUAUCCGGAGCCCUCUCACUAAAGGUGAAAAAGAAGUAGAGGAAACCGAAGCAGAGAUCUUAUAUAGAGCCGUUCAGCCAAAUCUACCACAAUAUAUAAUUGCUCUACUUAAAAUUCUCUUAGCUGCCACACCCACAUCAACGGCGAAAACAUAUUCCAUGAAUAUAAUGGCUGAUGUAUUGCCAGAAGAGAUGCCAAUGACCGUGCUACAAUCACUCAAACUGGGUAUAGAUGUUAAUAGACAUAAAGAAAUCAUAGUUAAAGCUGUAACAGCCAUCCUACUGCUUCUAUUGAAACAUUUCAAGUUAAACCAUAUUUAUCAAUUCGAAUUCAUGUCACAGAAUCUCGUAUUCUCUAACUGCAUGCCACUCGUUUUGAAAUUCUUCAACCAGAACAUCUUAUCGUAUAUAGGUGCUAAGAAUUCAAUACCCAUAUUUGAUUUCCCCGCUUGUGUUAUCGGAGAGCAACCGGAAUUGACAAGAGAUUGCUUGGACAUUGGAGACUCUUCAGUACCAUACUCCUGGAGAAACGUGUUCUCAUGUAUAAAUUUACUACGAAUUCUGAAUAAACUCACUAAGUGGAAGAACGCCAGGAUCAUGAUGCUCGUCGUAUUUAAAAGCGCUCCGAUAUUAAAACGUACACUCAAAGUUCGACACGCUCUCAUGCAGUUUUAUGUAUUGAAGCUGCUUAAAAUGCAAACGAGAUAUUUGGGACGACAGUGGAGGAAAACUAACAUGAAAACUAUUAGCGCCAUUUACUCAAAAGUCAGGCAUCGGUUGAACGAUGAUUGGGCAUUUGGUAAUGAAGUUGAUGCUCGGCCAUGGGAUUUUCAGGAUGAAGAAUGUGCAUUGAGAGUAAGCGUGGAAAGAUUCAAUCAGAGACGAUAUGGGAACGCCAGUGAAUUAGAAACUGAAUUAACUCCGGUAGACACAGAUAUUAAUAGUGUUCUUGAUAGUAAUAUUGAGCUUGAUGAAGAAUUCAAGUCUAACUAUGAAUUGUGGCUGGAACAAGAGGUAUAUAACAAUGAAAUCAACUGGGAUGUUCUACUCUCCACAUAA